AUGCCAUCCAACUGUUGCAUCACCAACACCUCUUCAGCAUCACUCAAGAGCUCUGCACGGCCUUCCUCCAUCUGUUCCAGUAACAUGGGCAGCAGAUCCGAGCUGUGCCUGGGUUAUGUCUGUCAGCCCCUGCAGUGCAUGCCCUCCGUCUGCAUGCCUACCACCUACAGGCCAGCCAGUUGCCUUUCUAAGACCUACUUGUCCAGCUCCUGCCAACCCAGCAACCGCCGGCCAACUGGUUGCAUCUCCAGCUCCAUGGGUACCUAUGGCCUGUUCUGUGAGGGCGCCUUCAAUGGCAAUGAGAAGGAGACCAUGCAGGUCCUGAAUGAUCGCCUGGCCAACUACCUGGAGAAGGUGAGGCAGCUGGAGAAAGAGAACGCAGAGCUGGAGGGCAAGAUCCAAGAUGUCUACCAGGCGCAGGUGCUGACCAUGUGUCCUGACUACCAGUCCUACUUUCAGACCAUCGAAGAGCUGCAGCAAAAGGUUCUGUGCACUAAGGCAGAGAAUGCAAGGAUGAUUGUGCACAUCGACAAUGCCAAGCUGGCUGCAGAUGACUUCAGAACCAAGUAUGAGACCGAGCUGGCCCUGAGACAGCUGAUAGAAGCAGACACCAAUGGCCUGCGCAGGAUCCUGGAUGAGUUGACCCUGAAUAAGGCUGACCUGGAGGCUCAAGUAGAGUCCCUGAAGGAGGAACUUCUGUGCCUCAAGAGAAACCAUGAAGAGGAAGUUGGUGUCCUUCGACAACAGCUCGGGGACCGCCUUAAUAUCGAGGUAGAUGCUGCACCUCCCGUGGACCUAACCAGGAUGCUGGAAGAGAUGAGAUGUCAGUAUGAGACCAUGGUGGAAACCAACCACAGGGAUGUGGAGGAAUGGUUCAAUAUGCAGAUGGAGGAGCUUAACAAGCAGGUGGCCACAAGCUCUGAGCAGCUUCAGAGUUACCAGUCAGACAUCAUUGAUCUGAGACGAACAGUCAAUACUCUGGAGAUAGAACUGCAGGCUCAGCAUAGCCUGAGAGACUCUCUGGAAAACACGCUGGGGGAGACGGAGGGCCGCUUCACCUCCCAGCUGUCCCAGAUGCAAUGCAUGAUCACCAAUGUGGAGUCUCAGCUGGCUGACAUCCGCUGUGACCUGGAGAGACAGAACCAAGAGUACAAGGUGUUGCUGGAUGUCAAGGCCCGGCUGGAGUGUGAGAUUGACACGUACAGGGGUCUGCUGGAGAGCGAGGACAGCAAGCUACCCUGUAACCCUUGCUCCACUCCCUACUGCCAGCCUUGUGCACCCUCCCCUGGGGUAUCCCGCUCUGUGUGUGUGCCCCGCACUGUUUGUGUGCCUUGUCCGCCCUGCCUACAGACCCGCUACUGAAGCUUCUGAGCAUCCCUCAGCGUGUGGGUCCCUGAGGGACCCGAGUCCUGUGGCCUGGUGCCUCUUCACACCAAGCCUGACCACAAUCCUGAGACCAAGAAAAGAGUGUGGCCAGCCUAGCUGGCCCUGACCAGAACCAGGAACUGGACACUAGCAACGGGUUCUGAUGUUACAUUGCUUCAACGCUACCUCCUCUGUUUCCCUGGGCAGAAGGUUCUCUUUGGUGCCGUU